GCCGACACGAGUCCCGCAUGCGCCCCACGCGGCGGCUCCAGCUCCCGCCUCCACGCCGCCCCAUGCGCGGCGCCUCCGCUAUUAAACCCUCCCCGCAUCUCCCUCCUCCCCGUCAUCGUCCACUUCACCACGCUGGCUCGUAGGCAGUGGCGCGCACGUGGGUUAGCUCUCUCUGCGCUCACUUCAGCUUCAGGUGCUCGGUCCCCGUAGCUAGCUAGCUAGGCACCCAUGGCUGAUCACCACAGAGGCGUCGUGGGCGGAGGAGGCCUCGGCGACCGUGGCCAGGGGCAGGAGAAGCAGCCGUUCAUGAUGACGGCUCUGAAGACCGUGACCGCGGCGACGGCCGGCGGGUCGAUGCUGGUGCUGUCGGGGCUGAUCCUGGCGGGCACCGUCAUCGCGCUCACGGUGGCCACGCCGGUGCUGGUCAUCUUCAGCCCCGUGCUGGUGCCGGCCGCCAUCGCGCUCGCGCUCAUGGCCGCCGGGUUCAUCACGUCGGGAGGGCUCGGCGUGGCCGCGCUCUCCGUGUUCUCGUGGAUGUACAAGUACCUCACCGGGAAGCACCCGCCGGGCGCCGACCAGCUGGACCACGCCAAGGCGAGGCUCGCGUCCAAGGCCCGCGACAUCAAGGAGGCAGCGCAGCACCGCAUCGACCAGGCGCAGGCGUCUUAGAGCUGAGACGGCGGGCGCGCGCCGGCGGCAUGCCGCGGCGCGCCGCCGCUUCUGCUACCUAGCUCGGGCGCACGUACGUACGGGACGGAGG